AUCUGUCAAACUGUUCCGGCCAUUAGUGGAAAUCGAAAAAUUGCAAAAAUAUUUUUGCAAUAAAACAAAAUAUCGCGACAAUAUCGUAGUUGUAGUGGUUUAAUAUUAAGAUUGUAGUUUCCUGUUUCACAAGUUUGUUUGUACGGCCUCACCGUGGAUCCUCACAUAAGCGUGGACAUGUGCACGGGCGAGUCGUGGCGCGGCGGCGUGGCGCGCUCGCCGUCCCACGAGUCCGUCACCACGGACCUCUCGCUGUUCAGCGUCUCGUCCGCCGCCUCCGACGCCAGGGUGCUGCGGCUACUGGCCUGCAAGGCGGGGCAGGGUCCAGACCCGUCGCUACGAGUGGCAAGCCCCAACCCAGAUAGUAAAUCUUUGAAACGUCCGUCGUCGUCGUCCCUCCCGCUGGCGGCGGACCAGUGCCGCGAGCUGCUGGCGGGGUGCGCGGCGCUGUGUGCGCAGCUCGGGCUGCGGCGCUCCUUCAGCGCCGCCGACGUCGCCAGCCGGGAGCCCUGUCUGCCCCUGCGGAGUGCUACAUCAGAAGUGGGCCUCUCCGCAGCCCUGGAGGCUCUCACCAUGAGCGCAGCAUCACGGUCCUGUAGCACCUGGGUGGCUGUGGGUGGGUCCCAGCUGCCGUCCCCGCAGCGCUCGCAGCUCGUGCAGCCGCAGCGGUGUCUGCUCAGCGAUAAUAAGAAGGUCCGGCAGAGCUACAUAAAGCGUCGCCUGCUGACGACGUACCGGGCGCUCGAGCGGAUGUCGCAGUCUGACUUCAACCUCGACCGACUCGAGGCGGCGGCGGCGCUGGCAGCGGGCGGCGCGGGCGGCGUGAGUCUGCCGGUCCCCACGCAGAGACACACCCGGAUCGUACACCCCGAAGCGGCAGCCCUAGCGCUGACGGCGGCGGAUUUAGAGCGCGAGCGCGGGCGGCCGCUGUCCAAGUACGAGCGGAACAUGAUGAUCUUCAACUGGCUCCACACCCUCGACGAGCCCGCGCCCUUCUAGUCGCCGGGUGCCACACACCCGCCACCAGGUCUAUGCCACCACCUAUUGCUGCAAGCUACACGACUAGAGUCCGGAUCCAUUGUCCUCAACUCCACUGAGCAUUGUCUGCAGUCCACUCCCCCCAUAUUUCAAAGUCCACUACCCUACCACUAGUCCAAAAUCCACUACCAUUUUUUGAAGUCCACUAUUUUUCAAGAUCCACUACCUUAAUGCUAGUCCAAAGUCCACUAUCCAUUACAACCCCAUAAGGGGGCGUUCAAGUAAGUACGUAACGCAACUGUUGAUUAUUUUGCCCACGGCACUCUCCCCUCCCCCUCUGGAAACGCAACGUACUAUUUUACUUUAAAUAAAUAAAUAAACGUAAUGUUUUUAUGUAUAGAGGAGAGCGGGGGGGGGGGAGACACCCCCUCUCUCUAAACGUUAUGUAAUGCUCAAAUAAUCAUUUUUAACCUAAUGUCAUAAUUAAUAAUAAGUUACAGUUUUUAUUCCAUUUGUAAGAAAGGCGCU